UACUAAAUAUUUUAUAUUUUGUGAUUGUAUUGAAAAAUAGUUGAUAACCAUCGUGAUGUGAAUGUUCAAUCAGAUAAUUUGAGAGACUAGCUAUUUAAAGCCACGCGACAUAUUCACACAGAUAUAUUCAAUUACAUUCGUUCGUUUUAAAUAACAGCUAAGUAAAAUCUUGUUGUGUGCAAAAUAAAGGAAAAGAUCAAAAAAUAGAUAUUGUGUGAAUAUUUGAGUUGAAAGAAAUGGUAAAAGUGAAUAAAAUUCGAUGAUAAAUAUUUUUUAUCUUAUAACAUUAAAUUUAUAUAAUAUAUAUAUUCGAUCAACACCAUGGCUGCAACAAUAAUUGCCCUAGCAGUUUCUACACUGUACAUUAUACUUACAACUCUCAUAGCUUAUUGGAUGAGAAGAUAUACCGAUUAUUAUAUACGUGAUCCGUUCGUAAGAUCCCUAUUUUUAGAAGCCAUUGCUACCGGUGAACUUUGUGGAGCAUGUUUCGAAUUAAUAAUAAUUGCGGACAACUGGGGUGUUUCUAUGUAUGGCGUAUAUUUAUUUGUACUGACGAUUUGGUGGUCUCUAAAUUGGGGUGAUGCUACCGCUUGUCCGUAUACACACAUCGAAGAAGUUGUCGAAGGAACGAAAUCGGUACGCGAUGCUUUCCUUUUAAUAUGGGCCGAACUAGUAGGUGGUCUUGCCGUUUUUAGAUACAUUCAAUUGCUUUGGGCGCUUGAAAUCGUUUCGACGCAUAAAAACAAAGCAUUCGAAGAUUGUACUACUGAUUUACAAGUACCCGUAAUAUUUGGAGCAUUUAUCGAAUGUGUGGCAACUUGUAUAUACAGGGUAGUUUCACGUGGUUUGAACGAGAUAAAUUCGAGGAUUAAUGUUAUUGUCGAUUCCUUUAUUGGAACUACUUUAGUUAUUGCAGCUUUCGAUUAUUCUGGUGGCUACUUCAAUCCUGCACUGGCCACCUCUUUGAAAUACGGAUGUUUGGGAACUUCCUUCAUGGAGCACGUGAUAGUCUAUUGGGUCGGUGCGUGCGCCGGUUCCAUCGCCUCUUUACGAGUUUAUAAAUCACCGUUUGUUCAGCAAUACAUGGAACAGUAUAAGGAGAAAACGCUUUAAUUGAAACGCUUUGCUUAAGUUAAGCAAAGAUACAGCGGAUACAUUGCUCAAGUUUGUUGAAUUUGUGUUCACUCGAUUUUUCUGUUGUUUAUUUAACUUAAAUGUGUUUUCUGUCUGCGUUACUAUUUUACAAAAUAGCGUAUAAAUUUAUAAUAUGAUUGAAAUAGAGAUUGUUAUAAGGAA